AUGGCGGGUCAACCCGGGACCCCAGCCAUCCAGCUUGCGGACCAGAUUUCGCAGGGUUUUGUUGCGCUGGCCGGCGAGUACCAGUUGCUGCUCGAGCAACAGCAGCUGCUGGAAAGCCAGCUCACUUGGGCGAAACAACAGUACCUAGACCUUCUCAAGCGUUUCAGCCCUUCGACGCUCUCUCAAGACCAUCGAGUCUUUCUCCAAGAGUUGGAGCUUGCUCGCUCAGAGCAGUCCCGCGUCCAAACCCACUGGCUUGAUCACAUCAGUCGGAAUGACGACGGCGAAAGGCAAGAGAGGGUAUCCAGAAUUCGAACUGCGCAGUCAGCGAUACAGAAACUCCAUGCCCCAAAAGAUAGUGGUGUGAGAAUAUGGAGUGGCCCGUCGGCAGAUAUAGAUAGAUCGAAUGUCUCGCCCAAGUCUGCCAAAGCGGAUAUGUCACCGAUAGAGAAAGACUUUACGACUGUGGGGAUGCCGAGUAAGUUAGGCUGUCCUUUCGCAGCUGGCAGUCGACGGCAAAGUUCGCUGGCCACUCCCAGAAGCUCCAUGUCACGCAUGAGUCAAAGGGCGACGCGCUCCAAGCGGCCUUCCUUUAAUGAUCCCAUUCGCGCCGAAAUCUGUGGGAAUGACAUGGUGUCGGCAUCUGUAUCUAUUGAAGGAUCCGCACCAGUGUGCCCUAUCCGCUUCCUGGACCAACAUGCCCCUGAAGAGGUCGCCAAAUAUUUCGAGAACCACAAACACGAGAUUCCCCGGAGCCACGAGAUUUGCAUCAAGCGUUUUCAAAGCAAUGCUGAGCAUAUAGAACAGCUGGAUCGCAAAUACGGCAACCUGGUGAGCAUGAUACAAGGACUUGGGCAGAAGCACCAAGUAUUUCUCCCCCCUGAACCUGAUGAGGAUGGCGCAGAAGAUGGCGUGCCCGAGACUGAGGUGAAGACGGAUAAGCGGGUGCACAGCUGGGCUGAAGAAGUUUCAGCCAGUUUACACGACGUGAACCCAGAUUCAGUCGGUCCUACUGGGAACGGCGCUGAAGAAGCAAGAGAACCCCAUUUCGACAGGCCUUUGAAAGAAGUCAGAGUUGGAGAAUCCCCCAGCCGUCCUUGGGGCAUCUCGAUUCCCGCCAAGUAUACAGACAACCAGAGCUCAUCGUCGGUCGGCUCGGCACCCACGGCAUCACCUCGCUCACCGCUUGAGGCGAACGUUGAAGCAACUGAAACGUCGCAGAAGCCUUCCAAGUGUCCAUUUGAUCACCGAGCUUUGGGUAGGAUGGCAGAAGACAAGGGCAACCCGCACGUCGAAGAGUCUGCGUCUCCUGAAGAACCUGCUCAAGCGGAUCAGUCCACGUCGAACCCCUCUCCACCACAGCCGAGCGGCCAGCCGGAAUAUCCCAAGGCUAACCCUCAGGUGGUGCCUCAGAUGGUCUUCAAUGGCCCUGUGUUCCUCGGUUACCCUCCUGAGCAAUUGAUGGUGAUAUUGCAGAACAGUAAUCUGGGAAGCAUGAUGCGUUGA